GCACAGAAAUCAUGGAUAGAAAGAGCAUUUUACAAGAGGGAAUGUGUUCAUAUCAUACCCAGCACCAAAGACCCCCAUAGGUGUUGCUGUGGGCGUCUAAUAGGUCAGCAUGUUGGACUUACUCCAAGCAUCUCCAUUAUUCAGAAUGAGAAAAAUGAAAGCAGGCUUACUCGCAAUGACAUCCAGUCAGAGAAGUGGUCCAUCAGCAAGCACACACAGCUCAGCCCAACAGACGCUUUUGGAACCAUUGAGUUCCAAGGAGGAGGCCACUCCAAUAAAGCCAUGUAUGUACGUGUGUCUUUUGACACAAAACCUGACCUUCUUCUGCAUCUGAUGACCAAAGAGUGGCAGCUUGAGCUCCCUAAACUUCUCAUCUCUGUGCAUGGGGGCCUUCAGAAUUUUGAACUUCAGCCAAAACUCAAGCAAGUCUUUGGAAAAGGCCUCAUUAAGGCUGCUAUGACAACUGGAGCAUGGAUAUUCACUGGAGGAGUAAACACAGGAGUCAUUCGGCAUGUUGGAGAUGCACUGAAAGAUCAUGCCUCAAAAUCUCGAGGGAAGAUCUGCACUAUCGGUAUAGCUCCAUGGGGGAUUGUGGAAAAUCAAGAGGAUCUGAUUGGCAAAGAUGUGGUCCGACCAUACCAGACGAUGUCCAAUCCAAUGAGUAAAUUGACAGUGCUCAACAGUAUGCAUUCUCAUUUUAUUCUGGCUGACAAUGGCACUACUGGUAAAUAUGGAGCAGAAGUGAAACUUCGUAGACAGCUGGAAAAGCACAUUUCACUUCAGAAGAUAAAUACAAGAAUUGGUCAAGGGGUUCCAGUGGUGGCCCUCAUUGUGGAAGGAGGUCCCAAUGUUAUCUCCAUCGUUCUGGAGUACCUAAGAGACACUCCUCCUGUUCCUGUUGUGAUAUGUGAUGGCAGUGGCCGAGCAUCUGACAUCCUUGCCUUUGGUCACAAAUACUCUGAAGAAGGAGGACUUAUCAAUGAGUCUUUGAGGGACCAGUUGCUAGUUACCAUACAGAAGACCUUCACGUAUACCCGAACCCAGGCUCAGCACCUCUUCAUUAUCCUUAUGGAGUGCAUGAAGAAGAAGGAGCUG